ACAGGCAAACACACAAUUCUCGAAAAAAAUUUUACAAAAAUACAUAAAAAUUCUCUUUCGCUUUUUUCGGCUAAAUUCAAAGUGGCGCAUUGCAAAAAUAGUUGAUUCAACGUUUUAGUGGCUGCGACUGGCAAUUGAUAGAGAAGUCGAAUUCCGCCACUUCGGCAAUAUGUUCAGGUGCAGUUCGUUACUAUUAUCCUCUAAGUGACCAGCGAAAAAGCGAGUCGUGGGUCGAGUCUGGCAGAGGGCCCCACAGCUCAAACGACAACUAGAUUUAGUUUAGAAUUUUAAUUUUCUGAUAGCCCCACGAGAUGGGUAAGAAGGGUGGAAAGAAGGGUAAAAAGAAGGGGAAAAAGGGAAAGAAGAAGCCUUCGGUAGCAGCAGCGCCAGUGGCUGUCGAAGCACCACCAUGUCCACCAUGCCCGGAAAAGCCCAAGGAGCUGCAGCCCCUAGACCCCUGCCCGGAAUCGACGGGACCGCACGAUGUUGUGCGCGCCCAACCCAAUCACUAUCCUGCCCUAUUACGAAUACCCGAGACAAUGGCAGUGGUUGGCUCCGAGAACGGAUGUUACGACAGCAUCUGUAAAUUGCUGCGCGCCGGUUUCCGAUGUGCCGAACGCGUCUUUGUGAUGGCGCCGUGGGGCAACUAUGUGGUCUUUCGGUAUCACAACAACACCGACUUCAUCUACUUCCUAUUCGAUGGCUGCACCUGCGAUGUAAAUCGCUUCCGCUAUCUGGACCUUAGCUGUGGCACAGCUGGCUUUCUCUUCUUCGACAACCUCCACGACGUCAUCAGCUACAUCAUUCAGUCGCGCAAGACACGUCUCUAUCUGGAGAAUCUCAACAAAAUAGCCAUUGACCAGAUCGUGGAGGAAUAUGGCGCCGUCACAUACACUCAGAAGGCGAAGUGUAUGCGAUUCGCUUAGGCAGACCAAAGAAAAAUCUUCCAACUAAGACUAAGAGAGGAAAUGGAAAGACAAUCGAUGAGAUGGAGGUGCCGGCUGGUGGGUGCGCAGCAAGUUCCUGAUGGUGUGGCCCCUGUCAGGAGUUUGUAUUGACUCAGCUGUAUGGAUUUCUGAAUCAUGUAAACGAUCAUAUAUAUAUGUAUAUAUAUAUAUAUAUAUAGAUAUUUUGGCAAUCGAAAUUAAAUGGCUUAUAAAUUUAAUAUUCAACUCA